GGUCUUUAUUUUCUACACGGAGGCAUUUGUGGCGGAACCCUGUGAAAGCCCUGGCGAUAUGGAAGUGUAAGAUUGUUUUUAUUCUCUAUAUUUAUGAUUUAGAUCUUCUCAGCAUGAUUUAUUGUGUAUUUAACUGUGUAAAUAUCUUAAUUAAAGGACAAAAGCCUAAUCUUUGUCGUGUUUCGCUAAAUUCACGGAGUGUCGGAUAAGAAACUGAUUUAAGUGUUUGCGCACAGUUUAAGUCUGACUAAAGUUAAGGGUUUUUUUUAAUCUUUCCCUGUUUUGUUUAAUUAUUUUUCAGAAUAUAAUAAUAUCAGAGUUUGCUCGUUGAACCCUCGUGUGUUUAUUUCCUCAUAAUAUUAAACUAUGAAUAUUUCUCCGUGUUAAUCUCGAGUUUCAAUAAUCAGCCUUCAUCGAUAGUCAUUUUACACAAACUAACGGUUGAAAGUUAAUCUUGGGUUACUAAUAUUUUUGUACAAGAAACUGUCAUAACAGCAUUAUUUUAGUCUAAACCUCAUAAAAUCAAACAAAAUAACUGAAUUUUUUCCAUCUCUGAUAUUUUUGAUUUACAGGAAAAACGCAAGAGCUGCUAUGUUGAGCAACUAUGAGGUAAGACCGUGAUUUAUCUGUUUAUUUAUCAUCUGUUUGCAGUCGUAGUCGAUUAUUCAGUCAUGACAACACCAAAUAUUCUACACAAUAUUGAAAUUUCACACUAAAUCACUAAAUCAAGAACCAUGUGUUGAAUAUUGACUGAAAAGGCAGAAGCAGACUGUCUAGCAGAAGUCUAUCCUGUAUUGUCAACAUUUUUUAGGCUACGACCUCCAGAAAAGCAAAGAAACCACAUUAACAGAUAAUUAAUCGCACUUAUAAGUUUCUAAAAUAGUUUUACAAACUAUUUUCAUAAAAACCAACAAAGAAUGACGUGUUUUUAGAGUUAUGUCGGCAUCAUUUCAGAAUUUUACUCCAGUAAUGGAGACACAUCUCCUUUUCAUACCUUUUUGUUCAGUAAAUUUGCAAACACCUCUGAGAUUAUUCAGACUGUCCUUAAUUGAAAAGAACCUCUGUAUUGAGUCAGAAAGCAUUUUUGAUUUUGCUCGAAACAUUAUUUGCAUUAUUUUAUAAUAAAUCAGAUCAUAAAAUGUCAUAACAUGAGAAUUUAGAAGAAGCGUCUCCGUGUGAUCAUAAUAAUCAGUCUUAUUGAUAAUACGUAUAGCUUGUUUUCGCAGUUUUAUUAUUGAUUUUAUAUUGGUUUUAAAAAAGGUUUGUAAUAAAAAAAAACGUUUGUACUGUCCAGUUCAGAGAUUCAGAAAGAUUUCAGAUUAGUCCAAACUGAAAACGUAUCCUUUUAGUCUUGCUUUUAACUAAAUUUUAAAUCAUUAAGUUUGUUGAAGUGUUUUAUUUCAUUCCAUACUUUAUUUCAUUCAGUUAAUAUUAAAAAUAUUUCGUACAAACAAAGAAAAAAAAUACAAACAAACAAAAUACAAACAAAUUUCAAACAUGUGAAUGAAAAGGAGCAGAAAGAAGAAAACUCUCAUAGAGUCUGCCCCUCUUUCAUAAGAUAUAAAUCAACUAAACACAAUAAAAAUAAACAAGAGCUGCAGGCUAACACACCUUUUUACAGUUCAGUAUAUCUUAUUUUCAAAAACGAACAGAAAAGACCACAUUAAUUCACAUUUUUUCCACAAAACAAACAGACCAAGACUUAGAUGAACAUAUUUCCCUGUAUUUACUCAACAUACUGGAUUUGACUCUUUUUUUUUUUUUUUUUUUAAGAUAAAAUUUGAUUUAGUUUCUUUAGUUUCUUUGUUCAGAUUGUUCCACAAACGUAUUCCUCUCACUGUAACACAGCGCUCUUUCAGUUUAGUUCUGAAUCUUUGGCUUUUUAAAUAUUUUAAAUCCUUUUAAAUUAUAACAAUUUUGUCUUUUUUCAAAUCGGCUCUGUGUGUUGACUGGUAAAAACUUCCUAUGAGCUUUACACAUAAUCUGCAACAUUCUGAAAUCUACUAACUCGCUGAAUUUCAACAACUGCAGUUUAACAAAUAAUGGGUUUGAAGGAUCUCUGUCUGGACUUCUACUAAUAAAAAAUUCAAACCGCAAAGCACCCUCUGCACACUUCCUUUUUCAUAUGUCUGAGUACAACUUUCUUAAAAACAUCACACAAACAUCUUAAUUCUGUACAUGACACCUUAAUUACCAACUAUUAAGAAAAGCCAAAGCUAAAAUCUUCAUACUAUGGAUACUGUUCUUUUCCUCUGUACAGGGUGAUCUAUAGCCUCCCUGGAGCUUUUAUCCUUCUUCCUGUUAUCCAUCAGAACAUGACUGCGAUGAGCACAACUGUUAAUUCUUUAUUUCUUUGUCAAAUCGUCUCCAAAUUUACAAUAUAUUCUAACAGGGGUUGGGUUGGGGUAGAUAAGGGUUUUAUUUGUUUCUUAAAGCACUUUUUGCUACAUCAUUUUUGUAUGAAAAGUGCUAUAAAAAUGAAGACUGAUUGAUUGAUUGAUUGAUUGAUUGAUUGAUUGAUUGUUGUGUUUUAGGUGUUCAAACUCCUCACAGACCUAAAGGAACAGAGGAAGGACAGCGGGAAGAACAAACACAGCAUCGGGCAGCAGAACCUCAACACCAUCAUGUAUGAGGUCAGCACACAUCUCCUCCUUUUUCGCACUGGCAUGAACCUGCUCUGUGUGUAGCGAGUGCUUUCCUUCAACAAAAAAGGCCGCUGGGGUUUAGGUUUGCUUGCAUCUGUGACUCGCUUGAAUGAUCAGUCCGGUUUGAGUGUUGAAAAAUGAUUUAUUGUUCAAAAAAGGAAAGAAAAUACGCUGAUUACUUUUGCCUUCAACUGAAAAAGUGAUACGAUGAAUAAAUGAAGUGGUCAAAAACAGUCAACAGAAAAUAAUCAGUGCUUACCAAACCCAUCGUCUGACUACACCUGUCACAUUUAAAUAACCCACCAAACAUCCCAAAACCACACCCCUCAGUGACGAUCCCGGAAGUGACGUACCUAUAGAAAUAAAACUUUCAACAAAUAUAUUUUGGCUCCUACACUGUGAAUUUAUUCAGAGUUUUGCAUGAGCUUACCCACAGUUUCCUCUGCUUUUACUCUCUUUAGACGCUGAAGUAUCUGUCGAAGACACCCUGCAGCAGGCAAAGUCCAGAGAUCGUCAAAGAGUUCCUCAACACAAUGAUGCCUCACAAACUCACAAAGUCAGUGAGCCCCACAGAGCAGAACAGUUUACCCUUCAUAUCUGAACAGAAAUAUAUUUAUAUUGUGCUCAAACUGAUUUGUUGUAUUUAUUUAUCGCUUUGUAAACAUAUUAUCUGAUAUUUUUCACCCAUCAGGGCCGAGAAACUGAUGCUCCUGAACCAUCGGCCGCAGACUGCAGUAGAAAUUCAACUUGUGAGUGUUUCCUGUAUUAAUAUAAGUUUUUAUCAACCACCAGUGCAUGUUUCUUUUACUAUUUUGACACAUUUAUUGUGAUACACUAAGACCAGGUUAUAUUUUAUGUUGGUUUCACACAACCUAAAAAGGUGUUAAAAAGUCAAUAUGAGAAUAAAAUGAUCAGUUUCAUUUAAUCGUCCCCAAAAAUUCACUCUUUACACUGUUUCUGCACUGUGUCGGUGAGUAUUUGAGUCCCUGAUAGAACAGGGUUAGGUGUAGGAAUGUAUUAUUAUUAACAAAAGUACUACCAGUGUGUCGUUUGUCGACAUCUACAUUUCUUUUUCUAUUCCCGGGGUACAAGAAACACAGGACCACCCUUGUGACAAAAAUGGAAACAAUGCUGAACCACAACCCCUUACAUCAGAUUAUGUGAUGGGAUGAUUGGCUGCCAUGACAGCAAAUGAUCAUGAAUUUAGUCUUUUUUUAUCCCCGUACUAUUAACAUGAGAUAUUUGAUUGAACUUUUUUUCAAUGGUGCACUUGAUUCCAUUUUAUACUUUUAACUUCAACCUUGUAAUGAAGUUAUAUUUUCCACUAAAUUAGAGCACAAACGUAUGUUCAAGUAUCUACCAUACUUGGGAAAGAUGGUCUUUGGUGCACAUUGUAGCUUUUCUGCCGUGGUUUGGUAUCAGGAACUUUGAGGCCCCACAAUUACAUACUUAGAUGUAAUUGUAACUAGUGAGACAAUUUCAGCACCCCAUGUAUUAAUUUCUUCAGUUCCUGUAGAUAUUUUACCUGAAAUUUAAGACAUUUUCAAUCAGGUUAGAGGGAAGAUAAUUGAGAAAAACACUGGAUCAAAAUUUUGGACAACUUGACCAAAUUAAAAGUUUCAUUUUCGUCUGAUUAUGUCAAACAGUUACAAAAUAGAAGUGGUUUGGAACCUUUUCAUCCAAUUUUAUGGUAAAGAUCACUGUCAAAAGCCUCACAGAGGUGGACCUUUUGAUUUAUUUUUGAAUUUUCUUUUUUAUUGAUUUCACAUAUCAAUAUUCCAUCAACAUUUUACAUAGCCUCUUUACGGAGCCUCUUGUAUUGUUUGGGUUAGGGUUACUAUUAGACACAGAAAAUGGUAGAAAUGCAAUUAGAGAUUAAAAAUGCCGUCCUUAAUGAACACUAGGUGGUGCUAUCAUCAACAAUGGGAAUUAGAUACUAGAAAUGGAGUCCUGAAUCUACAGCCUUAUGGGUCUGCAGACACAUGCUACUUCUUAAAUCUUUUAAACAGCAUUUGACAUGUAACUACAUAUUUAAGUAAGUGGCUGGUCUGAUACUUUUCCUCAUAUGACAUGAUCUGCAUCAGUAGAGACACUUAUCUGCCGUCUCCCUCACUCGGCUAAUUUAUUGUCUGUUUGUGUUCAGCUGGUGGAGGAGAGUGAAGAGCGGCUAUCAGAGGAGCAGAUCGAGGAGCUCAUCCAGAUCGUCUCAGACGCUUUACCUGGUGACCCUGAGCAAGAAAACGCAGAUGCAGAGAUGGAGGUCGCUGGUGAACAGUCUUGACACGGCGACGGAUCAGAACGACUCAGACUUUGGUGGAAAACUGGCGUACUAUCUGUGAUUGACAAAGAACUGGACUGGUUUCUCAUCCCAAUUAUAAGUAAGCAUCAAGCUGACAGAAGGGAUAAACAAUGUCUGCCUGGUUGUGACUAAAAAGACUCGAUGACUUCUUUAUUUCAUGGAGGAGAAAAUGAACAAGCACUUGGAUCCAAAUGAGCCUCUCAGUAAAGCAGGUUUUUCUACAGUGAGCCGCUGAUGUUUUGCAUUUGAUUUGUGUAAUUUGUGUUUCAGCUUGGGUAAUACUGAUGCAUACACAGUCUACUUAUUGUGACGUAUAUUUUUGGCUCUCCACGCACGCUGGUAGUCACUUUCCAUCUUGGUUUGUGAAAUGAGAGGUUUUUGCUGCUCUGUGAUUAACCAAGUCAGCCGAGCAAUUUGACUUCCACCUCUAUGAAGUCAGACGACAGUAUCAGAGCGGCUUUGCAACAACAGACAUGUUCGAAAAGAGGAAUUGAUGUUUACUUUUCUGUCAUUUUUUUCCACAACAUGCUAUUUUCCGUGGGUAAUAUAAUGAAGAGUAUCUGCUGAAACGUGUUUGGAAACUUUUGUUAACAACUAAAGCUCUCAGUACAGACUGCUGGCUUUUUCACCUGGUUUACAUGUGCUGCACCUAGGGCUGGGUGAUAUGGGAGAAAGUUUAUCACAAUAUUUUUUGUUUAUAUCAGUCAAUAUCGAUAAAUGUCACACAAAAACACUUGUCAAUCUCAAACGUUCCCUAAACAAAGACACAUUCAUUCAUAAUGUGCCUUAAGGUCUUUACACACCAAGAACGACACAAAUAUACGACGCGAAAUCACGAAACAUUCUGAGGCAAAUUUUGACGGGCCUGACUAUACACAUCAAGCGCGAUGCAAUUUUGCGACUUUCCCGGGGGUAAGCGAGAAGACUGACACAACAGCAGACUGACUGUUUUCAGUUCUGAUUAGACUAAGGUGACAAGACGUCCCCGAUUUCUGAGGACAGUCCCCGACAAAAGCUGUCCCCAAAAAUGUCCCAGAUUUAAGCGUUUCAUGAAUAAGAACAAAAAUGUUGCGUGAAGACUAGAACAACGGUUAUUAUAGUAGCCGAAUGAGUAGGAAGAACAAGUAAGCAGUCCUGAACAAGAGUUUUUACGGGGUACGGGGGUUAUCUGUGAUCAUGCAGCCCAGGCACCCCACGUGACUGCUUCACGUGUUAAAGUGCUAUGAUUGCAUGUAGCUGCAGCCUGCUACUACGCAGUUGUUUGCUACUUGGUUCUAAUUCAGCACAAGAUUUGUUCAGCGUGACGCAACUCCUACCAAAACAUGACUAUCGAUAUAUAUAUAGUUAUCGUUUUAUCACCCAGCCCUAGUUGCACCCCACCUACAGUUCUCCUUUUAUCUGCAUCAUACUGGUAGCAGAUAUGUAAUAAUCCUCCUGGGUCAUUUUGUAACAACCUCAUAAUUGUUACUUGUGACCAUUGAAGAUGUAAACUGCAGCUUCAUACAUAAACACAGACACUCUUUAAUCUUC